CUUUGCACGUGAGCUGUCGGCGUGAGUACCAAGCACGUGUUGUCGUUGCCAGUCAUUCCCAUUUGCUCGUGUUCAUUGCUCUGCGUCUCGAUUUUUGCGAAUGCGAGCGAUCUGCGACCAGCAUGACACCAGUAAAUGAACUGAUUAAUUUCUUGGCCAAAAGUGCGCCGACCGAGGCGAAGAAUCAAGCCCUUGCAUACAUUGCAGGCCUCCCAGACUCAGAAGACGGGCGUUCUCUCCUGCUCAAAAACUCGGACCUGGUCAAAGCAGUGGCCCUGCUCGUGCAGGAUGAAAACACAGAAACCGCCUCUAGAGCAUGCAAGUGCUUGACAAACUUCACGUCCGUCCCAGCCAUUUCGGAACACCUCGUAGAGCACGACUACGGCGGCCUUUUGGCGCACUUGGUAGACCGAUCGCUACGUUCCGAGAGCCACGACUCUGUGGCUCGGCAGUGUGCGGCCACACUGUCUAACCUCACCAGAGGUAGGCAGGGUGCUGAAAAGGCCUGGACACUGCUGAACUCGACAAACAAGUGCGACGACCUCCUGGCGGCACUUUGUUCCAGCAUCAACGAGAACCACGACCACCUCAGCUUUGUGUUCUCAAACCUGUCUCAGCUGGACGAGGUCAGAAGGUGGCUGCUGGACCAGGCAGCAAGGAGGAUACACAAGUUCUUUCCUUUCCUCACCCUGGAGACUUCAACGAUUCGGAAGCAUGGUGCAGCUGCAGUACUACGCAACUGCUGUUUCGAAACCGAAAGCAACGAGUGGCUGUUGAGUCCCGACGUGGACAUCUUGUCCCGGCUGCUAUAUCCGCUUAUGGGCCCAGAGGAGCUGGACGAUGACGAAAUGGAAAAGCUUCCACUCGAUCUUCAGUAUCUGGGAAACGACAAGCAGCGAGAAGGGAGCCCAGAGAUUCGCCAGAUGCUUAUCGAGGCGAUCACACAGCUCUGCGCCACGAAAAAGUGUCGAGAGCACAUCAAGAACUCGGGAGCGUACUACGUGCUAAGAGAACUGCACAAGACGGAGAGCUGUCGCCCCGUGGUGGUCGCAUGCGAGAACCUCGUAGACAUCCUCAUAAGUGACGAGCCCGAGCCUGGCAUGGAAAACCUUAAGGACGUCGACAUUCCCGAGCACCUUGUGAAGAAAUUUGAAGCAUUUAACGAAGAGCUGCUCAAAGAGUGAAUGAUGAUUAAGCCUAAUUCAUUAAAGGCGUUACUGACGUGA